AUGAACCAACAAACAUCCUUUGGGGACGCAAAUUGCGGGUCUCAGGUUGCACAGAACCACGGCAGCGUCGCAGACCAGAAUCAUGGCAACAUCACCAAUCAUUUUCAUUCCGGCGCAGUGGAGUCAGAGUCAUUGUCUGAUACCUUAUGUCUUCGUUAUCUAUGCACAACAAAUCCUCGCGAUGGCAAGAAGCGGAUUGAAGAAACAAAGGGGGGUCUUCUCAAGGACUCAUAUCGUUGGAUCGUAGACAACGAAGACUACCAGUCAUGGCACGCAGACACCAGCGUCAAUCUCCUUUGGAUCAAGGGCGAUCCCGGAAAAGGAAAGACAAUGCUUACGUGCGGGAUAAUCGACGAACUAGAACGUGAUAUUGGUGACAAGGCAAACAUCUCAUUCUUCUUCUGUCAAGCUACCGACGAGCGUAUCAACAGUGCGAUUUCAGUACUUCGGGCCUUUAUUUAUCUGAUCACAGAGAAGCAGCCUUCGCUUCUCUCUCAUGUCAGGAAGCGCUAUGAUCAAGCGGGAAAGCAAUUAUUCGAAAAUAUGAAUACAUGGCAAAUAUGGCAAUCCCUCACUGGCAUUCUCUCGGAUAUUUUGGUAGAUCCAAGUUUACGCCGCACUUACUUUCUCAUCGACGCACUCGACGAGUAUCUCACGGAUAUGCCAAAAUUGCUCAAUUUUAUUUCCGGCUUAUCGCUUCCCGGCUCCUUAGCUAUCAACUGGAUUGUGUCUGGUCGAAAUUUACCGAUUAUCGAUGAACACCUCAACUGCGCAAAUGAGAAGAUCGGGCUCUCUCUAGAAUUGAACGAGAAAUCUGUUUCCGAAGCGCUUGCAUUUUACAUCGACGAGAAGAUCCAGCAACUGGCUAGGAAGGAGAUGUAUAGUUCGGAUACCCGUGAGGCUGUUUACCAGCAUCUCCGUGCGAAUGCACAUGGUACCUAUUUAUGGGUAGCUCUAGUCUACGAGAAGCUCCAGAAAGCAAGGUCUUGGAAAACGCUCAAACUGCUCACAUCUUUCCCACCAGGACUUGAGCCUCUAUAUAAGCAGAUGUUAGAUAGAGUGCAAGCUUCGGAAGACGCAGACAUUUUUAGCGAAGUCCUGGCGACCGUGUUCACUGUCUACCGACCGAUUGGUCUUGAAGAGUUAUUCACUUUGGUCGACCUGCCUCAUGAUGUUAACGUGGGAUGUUUACCAGAGCUGAUAAAGUCAUGUGGCUCAUUCCUAACGCUGCAUGGUGAUCGGAUAUUUUUUGUCCAUCAAUCUGCAAAGGACUUCUUAGUGGAUAGAGCUUCAAGUCUGAUUUUCCCAAGUGGAGCUGCAGCGCAGCAUUCCUUAUUCUGUCACACUUACUACCCAUUCUUUUCAGCACACUCCGACGUGACAUGCAUGGGUCCCGCCUCUCUUCUCCAAGAGACGAACUUGACCAAAAGGAAAUUUCUGAUUCAUUGA